GCUGCCAGCAGGUACAGCAUCUCUGCGGUCCGGCGCUUCCAGAUCACAGGGAAACUUUUCACCUCGCUGUCACGUUCGUGAUGAGUUACUACAUGGAUCCAGUUUCUUCCUACCCGGCCCUUCACCCCUGUGACCGUCUGGGUGCAACGAGACAGGCUGGAGGAAUUGCAAUGGGCCCUCAGACCCAGCUCCCAGGUGUGAUUCACCCUCAGCAGCAGUUUUACCCCUCUCGGCCCCUUCAACCCCAUGAGAUACCCCUGCAGGAAGUACCYGAUGGACAUGACACGUGCCCAACAG